CUGGGCGAGCUGCCCCCGGGAAGGCUGGAGCCGGUGUGGGUGUCCCGCGGCAUCGCUCCCCUCGCUCGCUCCGCCCCGGCGCUUGUGGUUCCGCUUGUCCGCCUGUGGCUCAGCGCGCCCGGCCUGCUCUCCGCUGCCUCCCCAGAUCUCUUAGUCUGAACCCCGGUGUGUUUGCGUACAGAGGCACACUAAAAAAAAAACUCCCUCUAAGAAUGAAAUAUGAGUGAUGAUUCUCAGAGAAACUUUCGAUCAGUCUACUAUGAGAAAGUUGGGUUUCGUGGAGUUGAAGAAAAGAAAUCACUGGAAAUCCUCCUGAAAGAUGACCCUUUGGACAUUGAGAAGCUUUGCACCUUUAGCCAGAGGUUCCCUCUCCCAUCCAUGUACCGCGCAUUGGUCUGGAAGGUGCUUCUAGGGAUCUUGCCUCCACACCAUGACUCUCAUGCCCAGGUGAUGGCCUAUCGCAAAGAUCAGUACUCUGAUGUCCUUCAUGCCCUGAGAGUAGUUCGCUUCAUCAGUGAUGCCACCCCUCAGGUUGAAGUGUAUCUUCGCAUGUAUCAGCUUGAGUCUGGGAAGUUGCCUCGAAGUCCCUCUUUUCCGCUGGAGCCAGAGGAUGAAGCCUUUCUGGCCAUCGCUAAAGCCAUGGAAGAGAUGGUGGAGGAUAGUGUCGACUGUUACUGGAUCACCCGAUGCUUUGUGAAGCAGUUAAACAGCAAGUUCCGGGACUCUUUACCUCAGCUGCCCAAGGCCUUUGAACAGUACUUGAAUCUGGAAGAUAGUAGGCUGCUGAGUCACCUGAAGACAUGUGCUGCGGUGUCCAAACUUCCUUAUGAUCUCUGGUUCAAAAGGUGCUUCGCGGGAUGCCUGCCUGAGUCCAGUUUACAGAGGGUCUGGGAUAAAGUUGUAAGUGGAUCCUGUAAGAUCCUAGUUUUUGUAGCAGUAGAAAUAUUAUUAACCUUUAAAAUAAAAGUCAUGGCAUUGAACAGUGCGGAGAAGAUAACCAAGUUCCUGGAAAACAUUCCUCAGGACAGCUCAGAUGCUAUCGUGAGCAAGGCCAUCGACUUGUGGCAUAAACACUGUGGGACCCCAGUCCAUUCAGCCUGACAGCUGUGAGGUCGUGGACAGUCUGCAGACCCUCCCCGAGCACACUGUCCGCAUCACUUGGUCUACUAACUGUUUAGAAAUGGUAAUCUUGCAGUGGUGCUCAAAAUGCAAGCCCCCCCCAUCCUCUACUCAGUAAAAUAAUUUAAUCCCAAUGCCUGGUGCAGUGUCUCCUGGUGACGCCCACAUGCAGCUCUGGGAUGGUGUGUGAAAGGGUGGUUAGGAAAUCCUCCUGGUGCUUGGGCGGCUGAGGUUAGGUGCAGCCUGGGUAUGCUAGGAAGGACAAGUGAAGCCCUGCCUGCCUCUCAUGAGCACACCGUACCCAGGCCUCUUUCUGGAAAAAGAACAGCUUUCUUUUCUUGGCGCCUCGGAUUUGGCUUUUGCCUUCUGUUGACCUAGAACUUGUGUAAGUGUAAGCCGACGGCUUUCUUAUGCUCUGUCUUGCUAAACUGGCUGAAAAACAGUCCUUGUGUUUUCUUACAUGGUCCCUGCUCCUCUUUCGCCAGCUGGACUGAACUUUUUUUUUUUUUGAGACAAGGUCUCAUUCUAUACUUUGCUUUCUGGAACUCAUUAUAUAACUGGCCUUGAACUCCUGGCAGUCCUCCUGCCUCAGCCUCCUGAGUGCUGGGAUUACUGGCAUGAAGCUUUUAUCAAAUAAAACACCUCUAAAUUUA